AAAAUUAAUUCUAAGAAAAACUCAUUUUUUGAAAUCUAUAGUCACAAAUCGAGAUGGAGCAACAGGAAUCCAUUCUUCAAUCCUUCAUGAAAAAUUCAUUUGACCGUCGAGUUUUGCCGGGAGUUGGUGAGGAAUUAUUGGCCAAAGAGUUGAACAUGUUCGAUGUGACAUUUCUCGGAGUUGGUGCAACAGUCGGAGUAGGUUCUUUUCUUUUCGUCGGAACUUACAGCGCAACCAUUGGUCCAGCAUUUAUCUUGACGAAUAUCUUUACAGCCGGACUUAUCCUCAUGUCGGCUCUGUGUUAUGCUGACUUCAUCAAGCGCGAUAACACGUGUGGAGGAGCGUAUAGCGCUGCCUACCAGCAUAUUGGGGAGGUGCGCGCUGCUUUUUUAGGAUGCUUCCUCAGCAUGGAACAUAUCUUAGGUUCAGCCCUAGCAGCACGUGGAAUAAGCAAGCUGAUUGACGAACUGUUUAGCAACUGGUUCAGCAGACACAUAAAAGGUUACAUGACGUUCACAAGUCCUUUUUUUUAUCUUUACCCAGACGUUGUCGGAUGUAUCAUUUCUCUUUGCGCACUAGGCUUAGUGUCAUUAUUCAAUGUGAAAAAAGUUUCAACUAUUAAUAAUUGCUGCUGCAUGACAAAUUUGGGAUUGUACAUACUGAUAACACUUGUGUCCGGUUCAAACCUCAACUUCGAUAAUUGGAAUUUACCACCUUCGGAAGAAUGCGGGCAAGGAGGAUUCCUUCCUUACGGCUUAGGAAGUGUGUUUCGAGGGAUGUCAAAGGUGUACAUAUCGUAUCUAGGAUUUGAUGGUAUUGCCAAUGCAGGCUCAGAAAUUAGAGAUCCACAGAGAACGAUACCUUUAUCAAUGGUCGUAGCGGUUAUAAUAGUUACCGUUCUUUUUACGCUCAAUUCCUUCACUUACACUCUGGUAUGGUCGUAUUGUGAUCAGGAUAUCGAUGAUCCCAUACCACAAAUAAUGCAAAAUAUAGGAUUGGACAUCAUGAAGUGGAUUACUUCUGUUGGUUUGCCAAUAACAAUGCUGGGCAAUUUCAUUUGCAACACAUAUCCAUUAUCGAGGCUGUUGUAUGCCAUGGCCGAAGACGGCCUUUUAUGUGCAUACUUGGCCAAGGUUGACCAAAAGACCAAAUCUCCAGCUCACGCUCUCUACACCGCUGGUUCCUUCUCAGCACUUUGUGUUUUAUUCUAUUCAACUGAACACCUGUUGGAACUGUCAUGCCUAGGAGCGCUUUCAGCAUAUAGCGCGAUUUGUUACAGUCUCGUAUACCUUAGUUACACAGACGAAGUGAUGGAGUACGGUGAAACGGAACGGCCAAUUCUUUGGAUCAUUUUCAACAAAGGAAACAACUUACGAAGGAACUGCCCCACUGUUAUUUCAUCGUCAAUCGUUCGGAUAUGUUGCUGGGUUAUAGUCUCAACUAGCUUUCCUUAUUUUCUAAUAUUGAAACUGGCUUACCCGGAACUAAUCAGAGGAGACCCGCUCGCAGUGUUUGCCUACAUCGGCUUCUUUUUACUAUAUGGUACGAUAAUGUACAUCAUUAGGUGUCAGCCGUUAGGGAGCAGUGUGCCAACUAAGAGGACAUCAUCGCCUUUGAUUCCUGUAACAGUUAUUCUUAUCAACAGUUACCUAAGCUUGGAGUAUGACAUUUACACCUGGAUGUUUGGUAUUAUUUGGGUAAUAGUGGCGGCUGUAAUAUAUGUGUUAUAUGGCGUUUGGAAUAGCAAAGCAAGAAAACAAUCAAUUAUGAUUUAGUACUUUAUGAUAAUAAUUCUUGAAUUACAACCCAUUGAAAAUAUAUAUAAAAAUGAUUUAUUGUCACAGAUAAUAUCAAUGUCAUUGUGGAUAAUACAUUGAAAACUUAGUUGGAGUUCUUUAGCAAAAGCAGCCAGCUAGGUGAUCUAUCUUCCCCAUUGGUUCGACAAUCAUAGCCUCUUAAUUUAAAUGAAUCUAACUCCCAGAGCCUCCUGUAUUGGUUCUUGUUGUAUUAAUAAUAAAAAUCCAAUUAUAAUCAUUAUGAGUUAUUAUUGUUAAAAGUUAGUCCACCUAUGAAAAUGAAACGACAGCCUUU